AUGGCUAGAGGUAGAGAGGCUGGAGAGCAGGGGGGAGUUGCUGGUGGUAGAGUGGGAACUCACCAACCAGCCAACCCUAGGCUACUUACUUCUACACCAUCUCCUACAACCGUGGAUCAUGUGAAGGCUUUCCCUAUUGAGAAAUUCAUGGGGGAGGACUAUGAGCACUGGAGCUUCUGCAUGAGGUUGAUGUAUACCCAAUACAAGCUAUUGGACCUAGUGGAGGGGAAGGAGAAGAUGCCGGAGGCCGCGGAGCUGAAAGGAGCAUGGAUGAAGCGUUCGUUCGAUGCAUAUAUGCUCAUGGUGCAAGCGCUCCAAGGCGGCGGUGUGGUGUACCCGGAGCUCGUGCAGUGCAAGGAGAUCGUGAUACGGCUACCGGAGUCAUGGUCUGCCCUUGCCAUCAACCUCAACUCCCAACAACCCCAAUGGAGCAUGGAUUACAUUCGGGCGCGCAUUCUUGCGGAGGACUUGCGGCGCCGGAGUGUGGAGCGCUCGAAGGAGGGGGCUGGCUAUGGUGUUGGAGGUGGAAAGAGUGGCUUCAAGAAGAAGUGGAAGGGCAAGAACAAUGAUAACCCUAAGGAGGAUGGCAGCGGGGGUCAAGGAUUGGACCCCGCCUUCAUCAAGCAACCAGCAUGGUGGCAAGUGGAGUGGGGGAGUCAUGGGAGCUAG